AUGGAUCUGUCCCAUCUCACACGGCCUGGCAUCCUAUGCCAGUGUGCUCGGUGCUCCAGCUCACUGGCUGCACUGGAGAAUGAAUGGGCCAAGCUAUCUAAUGCCUACUCAAUCCCGACAGCAUGGCUUAGUGUCGACCUCCAUCGCAUCGCCGUUUCUUCAGAGCGGAAGCAAAUCCCUCAGACAUCGGACAUGACCCUUCUGCGUGGCCGUGUCAUUCAGGAAGUAUCAUGGGGCCCUCGAGCGACUGAUUUGCCCCCCGAAAGAACCUCCGCGCCGAAACCCCGAUCUCGUCCAGGGCAGUGCACUGGUGCCAGCUGGCUGCACCGACCCCAGACCCUCGAUCCAACUAUGCAAAAGCAAAUGCUGCAUCAGGGUAGAACCAUCGAUCAGAUUUCGAACUCCGUGAACCACCUCCAAGACACAAUGUCAGAUCUCAAACAUUCAUUCACGGCACUUCGAAUAGAGCUGAAUGGGCCUGGCCGAAAUCUGGGGGAAGGCUCUGUACUUCAGGGACAUGAUUUUGACAUGAUUGCCAUGGUGCUGAAGGAGCUCAAGUCCAAGUCGGACGAGAUCGAGAAACUGAAGCUGGAGAUUGAAGCACUGAAACUGAAGAAUCGCUACAUGGGAGUGACCGUGCCACAGCAGCCAGAGUCACUGUCGCUCAUAAACAUGAAUGCUGCGCUUCCCGAAGUUCGGAGCCCGGGCUUGCUCCAAGCGGGCCGAAAACGUAACUGGCCUGACGCAUUCCCGGGCGACCGAAGUCAGGCAACCGCAGACUCUUUCGAUGAGGAUGAUAUGGUAGAUGAAAUGUCGCUAUCAGAUCCGCCGAUGAACAGCUCUCGCGUUCCCCUGAAUGACCAACGCCAACCUGCAAUUACCAAUGGGCCACCUGCAGAAGAGGAACUGAGGUCCAUAGAGGUGCAUUUGCCUGCUCGAGAGCCUCAAACUGCCUCCAACUCCGUCCAAAACCAAACCUACUCCUUGCAGCAAACCAUAGCCAAACGCCCGCGCCUAGGUGCGCCGCCUGAAGAUAGCCCCCAAGCAGCCACUCCGCAGCCGCAAGCUGUUCCUCAGAGAAGACCGCCCGGCAGGCCGAGGAAAUCGAUCAGCCAACCGACCAUUCCCGACCCCACCCAAUCAUCCAGUACCGCUCCUUCUAGCACGCAGGGGGAUGUCGAAUCAACCGGUCAACAAAACACAGUGCGACGUCGAACGUCUCGCCGCAGCUUGCGUCCUCAAUCCCUUGGUCCAAAUACCAGCCACACACAUAGUGAAGAGGACCAGCAGAUUUCGCAAGAUUCUACAGAGCCUCCUCCCGACAUACAGGCAGCACCCAACAAGAAGAGCAAGCGUAAUACUGGCUCUCCCAAUGGAAAGCGAACUCCUGGUCCAGACGAUGAGGGAGAUGAGGCCGCUAUGAAUGAGAAGCGGAAAGCUAAGGUUGCGGCGCGGGACGUCAUGGCCAAGAUGGCUUUACAGCACGAGGAGGCUUUAGAGGCUGAAAAUGCACGAUAA